AUGGGUAUUUUCAACAGCCUCUUUGUAGAAGCGGCCUAUGAGUACUUGGCUGAAGCACCAGUGGCCAGCCUGCCCAUGGCCUUCAACUCAAUUAUAAACAUGGCCUCCAUGCUCCUGGGAGUGUACUGGCUUUAAAGAAAUGCAAGCACCCCUGGCUGUCCCAUAGAGCUGCAGAGGGCUAAUUACCUGACGGAUGUCUUUGGCAGCAUGGCCUUGGUCUAUGGUCCUGUUUUGUGGCCGUGGGCCUGCAUCCAGACAUACCCCACUGCCAUGGCUCCUUUGCCCACUUUUGCAUGGCUAGUGGCCUAGUGCUUCCCCCAGAGAGGAUGGAGGCCCUGGUUGUUGCUUGUUGAGUGUCUGUCUCUAUCAAGUUACAACCUUGAGGACAAGGCACAGGGCUUUGGGGUAGCAUUGGGUGCUCAUGAAGUAGCAGCUAUUCGAGAAGCCUUGUGCACCCACAAGCAGAACGGUGGUAUCUCCGUAGCCACCUCCUGAGCUUUGGACCUGCUCUCUUGCCUGGGUUCUGAAGUUCUCAAGCUGUGUGACCAUCAGCUUUUACAGUAGCAUCCGACCCAGCAACUCACGGGCCACUUCUGGUCUAAGGUCUGUCAUGUUCUCCAGCUCCACUUUGCAUUUUUGUUUCUGACAAACUUAAACAAAUGGCCAAGACUGUCCUAA